CGAUUUCUUUCGAGUGUGGCCGGGAGUUUGCACUCCCGGUCCACCGAUGCAGAACACACGGCCACUGGGUUUCACAGAAGUUAAAUACUAUUGCCCGUCAAAAUCUACAUUUGUAUUGAAGAGUCUGAGCUAAAAUCUGUCCACCCAGAAGAAAAGAAAUGGCUUCAGAUUACUUUAAAUUAAAGCCAGCUGCGUUACACAUCUUAAUUGGUUGCUUCAUCUCUUCAUUAUUUAUACCCGAAACACUUUCACAAUUUUCAGAAAAUGAAAUCAACAGAAUCUGUCCAGACAUACGAAUUGGCGAGGAUGAUUUACCAGGGUUCGAUCUUAUCCGAAAGUUUCGUUUGGACGACAAAGAAGUUUCUUUCCCUGGUGUCAAGGUAGUACGAGGCUCCAACAAAAUGCAGACAGCUUAUCGAUUGUCGAAGCGAUCCAAUCUCACUCUACCAACUAGAGCAAUCUUUCCACUCGGGAUCCCAGAAGAAUUCUCCUUUGUGUCGACUUUCCGCAAGAGAAAUAACCGUAACGACCGUUGGAACUUGAUUCGAAUAACCGAUCUCUCGGGACAAACGCAGUUUGCUAUCGUACUCGAUCCUCGAACGCAAGAACUUGAAAUGCUAACUCUGGAUCUUACUGGACGAGUGCAAGCCGCACGAUUCUUGGAUAUAAAGAAUGAUGACAAAGACUGGCACAAGAUAGAUUUGAGCGUGCGUCGAGAUCGGGUCACUUUAUACGUUGACUGUGAAUUGAUCGGGACUCAACCUCUCGAUAUCCGAAGGCCUAUAGACGUCAAUGGAGAUAUUACCAUUGCGAAAUUUGAAGACAACAAACCAGUUCAGAUGGAGCUUCAGUGGAUGAUUAUGACUUGUGAUCCAACUAGAUCUCAAAGAGAAACUUGCAUAGAACUACCAGCCUUUGAUUUGCAGGCUAAAAAGCGAAAUACAACCACCUGCCAAGCUUGUCCCCCAGGGCCACCAGGAAAAAAUGGGACUCAGGGCCCUCCAGGAACGCCUGGUGAGAGAGGACCUCAAGGAUGGCCCGGGAUUCCAGGAGCACGAGGGCAAACAGGCCCUCCGGGAGUAGCGGGACGAGAUGGAUCCCCUGGUCCUCCGGGUGUCGCUGGUCCACCUGGCCCUGAAGGAGCAACUGGACCUAAAGGAGACGUUGGAUUCCCUGGAGUUCCAGGAAACCCUGGAGAGAAAGGGGACAAGGGCGAUCGAGGAGAAACUGGAAAACCGGGUCCAACUGGUCCCAGAGGUCCACCGGGUCGUCCAGGACCAGGAACUACGGGUGAAGCUGUCGCUGGUCCUCCAGGUGAACCAGGGCCACCAGGUCCUCCAGGUGUAGCAGGUCCAGAAGGUUUGCCAGGAAAAGAUGGCGUGCCAGGUUCAAAGGGUGAUAGUGGCUCAAAAGGAGAUAGAGGCUCACCAGGUCGCAGAGGUCUUCCGGGUUUAAAAGGUGAACCAGGAAUUGUUGGUAAACCUGGAUUACCAGGACCACCUGGUCCAUCAGGACGAGACGGAUUACCAGGAAUUUCUGCUGAUGGCCCUGCGAUAGAGGGAGUUCAAGGUCCCCCAGGAGAGCAAGGAGAACCAGGUCCUAAAGGAGAUAAGGGUGAUAAAGGAGAUCGUGGUGAAAGAGGAGAAAGAGGAGAUCGAGGAUAUGAAGGACAAACCGGAUCAAAAGGUCAAAAGGGUGAAAGAGGAGACUUUUCUGGACAAGCAGGAUUAAAGGGUGAUAAAGGAGAUCCUGGGAGACCAGGAGAUCCGGGACUUACAGGAGAAAGAGGCUUUCCAGGUCUUCCAGGACAACGAGGGGAACAAGGAAUAAUCGGAUUUCCAGGACCUCCCGGAGUUGCUGGGCCGAGAGGUUUGGAUGGAAUUCCUGGAGAAAAGGGAGAUCCAGGACAACCAGGAAUUCCAGGUGACAAUGGCCUGCCAGGUGAACCGGGAGUUCCAGGGGAAAACGGUCAGGAUGGAGCUAAGGGUGAACCAGGUACCCCCGGCGCGCCAGGAACACCAGGACCUUCUGGAUUACCUGGUCCACCGGGGAUUCCAGGAGACCAGGGCAUUGAAGGUGCUCAGGGACCCAAAGGACCAAAAGGUGAUGUAGGACCUGCAGGACCGGAUGGCUUACCGGGUCCUCGUGGGCCAGCAGGUCUUCAAGGUUUGGUUGGACCGCCAGGAUCAAAGGGUGAUCAAGGCAAUACCGGUCCGAGAGGACCAGAAGGACCAAGGGGUUUACCAGGACAAGUCGGCCCUCCAGGUGAUUUAGGACCUCAAGGAACACCAGGAUUGCCGGGACUUCCAGGACCGGGCGGACCACCAGGUCCCCCAGGCCCACCAGGACCUCCAGGACCUGUGAGUGGUGGAACAGAAACAGAAUUCAGAUCCGUUGAAAAUUUAGCCGAUUUCCGUGGACCAAGGGGAUAUAAAGGAUCUUCAGGACCUCCAGGUUUACCUGGCGAACGCGGACCUCCAGGGGAUAAAGGUCCUCCAGGAAAUCCAAGUAUGCGGGGAAUGCCAGGACCUCCGGGAAAUCCUGGGGCAGCUGGAAAUCCAGGAACGCGUGGACCGCCAGGCAUGCCAGGAUUGCCAGGUCCUCCAGGUCGCAGCUUUACGGAAGAAGAAGUUAGAGAAAUUUGCGCUUCUGUUCUUCGAGACCAGAUGGAAGAUUUGGUUCGAGGUCUUCAUGGCCCUCCUGGGCCUCCAGGGAUAGGCUUACCAGGAAAGCAAGGUCCAUCAGGAAAACCAGGAAUUCCAGGCGACCCAGGAACUCCCGGUUUACCAGGUGAAAGAGGUUUUAUGGGAAUGCCUGGCGUACCAGGUCCUCAUGGUCCCCCAGGAAGCAAAGGAGAUAAAGGAGACAAAGGAGAUAGAGGACCUGAAGGUAUUGGAAUGGAAGGUCCAAUGGGACUUAGAGGUCUUCCAGGUCCCCCAGGUCCACCCGGCACUGGUCUUCCAGGACGUCCAGGAGAUCGAGGGCCACCUGGAAGGCAAGGACAGAGUGGUCCACGAGGUGUUCCAGGUCCUCAGGGUCCUCCCGGCUAUUGUGAACUCUGUAAUUACCAGAACGCUGAUCUUGUCAACUACUUGCAACCCCCUCCUCAACAUGUGAGCAAGGGAAACACUGAUAACGACUGAUCGACUGUUACGUUUUCACUAAGUCAAAUACUGCCAAACAUUCAUCUGAUGUAGGGAGAAAUUUGGGGAAUAUCUUCCCGAUCGACACCACUGCCGCUGUUGUUUAAGAUGCUGAGCAUUCUGAAGAUUCUUUUAGAAGGAAGCAUUCAAACAUUUGUUCCUUAAAUACUGCUUUGUCAUCAAUCGAAAAUUGUCUAUCUUAUACCAGAUUUUCUUGGAUUAAUUGAAUGUUCUAUACUGCAUCUAAAGGACUAAUUCUGUUAUCAAAAUUCCUUUUAUAAUGUAUGAAUUUAAUCAAAUGUUCCAUUUAAUAUAAAGAGAGCUUUUUUCUCUGUUUUCUUUAGCCUUUUAAAUAUUUUAUAUAUUUAUUUAUAGGCGACUAUUAAGGGCAACGAAGAAAAAGGUUCUCAAAUUUGAAAUUAUGCUUAUGGGAAUCAAGAUUUACUUACUGCCAAGUAAAUGCACCAUUUACUUAGUUAUGUAUGUUUUCAAACAGAAAUAUUACCAGUUUGAUGUUGGGACAAAUAUCUACAGUAAAAUAUAUUUCAAUUUAAUUAAAAUUUUCAUCAAAUUGUUUGAUAAAAAUUCUGCUUUUUAAGUCCGUUUAUCCAGAAUACACAUUGACAAUCAGUUUGCUAAGCAUCUUUAUUGAGUUCAGCUGCUUUGCUGUUCAUUUCAUCUGAGAAAAAUCAAAAGUAUUUUAAAGCUGAUCUCUAAAAGACUACUUUAAAAGUAGUCUCUAAAGAACACGAUUAUAUUUAUUUUUGUAAAUGCGUUUAUUUUUCUAUUCAAUUUUUUUUUGUUUGAAAUCAUGCAUCAUAAAUUUAGUGAAACUCUGGAAAUGCUAGUCUUUAUAAUUUCCAGUGGGGAAAUGGAAGGGGGUUAUUGGACCGGUGAUGAGUGAGUGGACAAAUUUUAUUUGUGAUUGCGUCAUUUCAUUUUUCUGCUAAAUUUAUUUUAUGAUUGUCAUUAUUUGCUUAAAAUAUUGUGAUAUCUAUGCCAUAUGUGCCUUUCUCUAUUUUGCUCAAAUCUCAACACUGCCAGAUCCGUUGGCUCUUAUAAAAUCCACUGAGUACUCAAGUAUUCACAGAAAAAAAAAAGAUCAGCUAAAAAAAUUCAACUAAUGACAUUUUAUUCAAAGAAUAUAAUUCAAGUGUUAACUGCGGAUUUAAUGUUUUAUUACCUUCAUUUUUACAUUCAAUUUGUAUUUGAUUUAUCUAAAAUUAGAUUUUAUUUUGCUAUUUACACAAAAAAUACUAUAAAUUGUGAUGAAUUUGUUUCAAUACAGUCAACGAAUUAAUGAAUGUUUCCUUUAAAGCUGUAAAUCUUUUUCCUUUUUAUAUUUGUUUAAUACCAUGUAAAUAACUACUUCCUCUUGCUUUUGAAUUUUUAAUAAAAUGAAUUUUUGUACUUUAAAAAGUAUGAAUAUUCAUUAUGAAAACUGUUUUACUUUAGCCUUUUC